UGGUCAUAGGCAUCUUGUGGAAAGUGGAGAUCGAAAUAUUUAUAACUUCAACCAACUUCCCAUGCUGCAAGGCUAUAAGAAUCAUCACCAAAGAUAUAAUUCUAACACUUUCAGAUACGGUGAUGCUUCUUGGAAUGGCCGACAGUUCUCAAUGCGUAAUCCUUAUACGAGCCGUAGUUUCAUCGAUGAACGAAGACCGGGAUUGCAUGGAACCGUGACGGAUAGGAUCUUUAGAAGUAAUUGGACGAUCAAUUAUGCUUCCCCUUUCAAUGUAUUGAAGAAAGAAUUUCCAUCGUUCCUUACUCAGCCAAGUACUCAACCCAAAGUAGAAGACGAGACAAGUUUUAUCCGGAACACCGCACAUGAGCGUAAGGCGAUGAAAAAACCGAUAUCGGACAACAACCUCGACUUGGAUCUAUCAUUACGACUAACAUUGCUGAAUGAGGAGCGGCGGAGAUGCGUGGAGGAUGACGAUGUAGGACGUGACUUAUCACUAUCGUUGUGCUCGCCACCGCCACCAAAGGUUAGCAGAUUGGAAGGAGAAGAUAGUAGUAGGGGGUUUGGAAGAAGGGUAAGUACUCUUGAUCUGACUAUAUGAAUGGGGAGAAUUCUAAGUGAGAUCUUGAGGUACUUAUCCUAGGUAGAGGAAAGGGUUUUUCUUGUUGUCCAAUUGUAACAAUAUUACACUA